AUGGCAGUCACUCUGUUCCAAGCCCUUUCGGCCACUGGCCUCAAAGCCUUUGCCUUUUUGCAGGCUCUCCUAUGGUUCCCCGCCGGCGUCUUUCGACAGGCACUCGCACUUCUUUCAGCAGCGACAUCAUCCCCCCACCGGCCGAGCUCGCCAACUCUUCCCCGUACCUCUGCUCCUGCUGCCGGCUCUCUUGGAAAUUGCAACAACACUGCCGACAACAACCAAGCCGACCUUCAUGUCAACCAAGAUAGCGACGCCGACAACACCGACUUGACAAUGGCUGGGGACACCUCCUCUGCCUCCUCGCGGCAGCAGCAGCAGACGUUGUCGAAGAAUGCACCUCUCCCCAAGGUCGUCCCGGCCAUGCCAAGGUUCGGCCCGGCCUCGUUGAAGGAGAAUGCCCCUGCGGCUUCUGCUGCCAGCCCUGCCGUUACGACCAACAAUUCGACCGACGAGGUCGCCAACGGCGUUUCCCGCUUGAGCCUCCAAGAGAGUGCUGCUGCUAGCAAUCGUGUUCUUUCGGCUUCGGAUGGAAAUGCUGGUGCUGGCUCGACCGCCGCUCCCGCCGAGAAUGGCGGCACUGCGACUUUGAGCAAGGGAAAUUUUGUUCAGUCUAACGGCGCUCUACCUGACAUCUUCGGCGGCGACGACGACGAGGCGCUGGCCACUCAGGAGGUGACCCGCGCUCCUGCUGUCCCGUUGACUCACAGCAUCUCGCAGACUAGUAAGCUGAAGGAGAUGCCGCCGCCUACGAUUCAAUUCGGUGACGAGACGCUGCACAUUCUGGAGAAGGAAGAGACACCUGAGCAGGCUGCUGAGAGGGCUGUUCACAGUGGGUUCAUGAGGGAGGCGUUGGAUAUGGUAGGUUUCAAAUUUCUUUCUUUUUUUUUUUUUUUGUUUUUUUCGUCUUUUGUUUCCACCCAAGAGGUGGUUCCUCUUCACUCACCCGUAUCACCGACAUGGCUUGUCCAUCGCUUGCUAACAUGUCCACCGCAGGCCCGACUUGCCCUCCGAACAAACGAAACACCGGUUGGCUGCGUGCUCGUGCACAACGGACGUGUCAUCGCCCGGGGCAUGAACGCAACCAAUGUCAGCCGUAACGGCACCCGUCACGCCGAGCUCAUGGCCAUUUGUGCCCUGUUGUCCUUCGCAUCCGAGGCCGACACCGAACCUGCCCGUCCUGUCAAGGCCAUCGUCCCUCUCGGCGACAAGACCAACUCCCAGCAGGCGGAAGUCGACGAGGAAGAUGCUCUCUGGGGUGACGUUGACCCCCGUGAUGGGCAUCUCUUUCCCUACGGCCAGAAACUUCACCCGGCUCCGCGUGUUGAUCCCUCGGUCAUCCAGGAAUCUAUUCUCUACGUCACGGUUGAACCCUGCGUCAUGUGCGCGAGCCUGCUGAGGCAGCUCAAGAUCAAGAAGGUUUAUUUUGGAGCGGUCAACGACAAGUUCGGUGGGACGGGGGGCGUUUUCCGGAUCCACAAGAACUCGCCUCACUCGAUGGCGAGCGCGCCGCCUUCGCCCGCGCCGAGGAAUGGGAAGGGACUUGCGAGACCGGUUCUGGAGCGGAGGCCGGUGUCGAGUGCCGAUGUCACGACCGACGCGGCGAAGGCUGGAGGAGCGCCUGUGAUGGCAGGACAAGAAAGUCGGGAGGUUUUGAGUCCUGACGAAGAGGUGAAGGGGGGUCCGGACAAUAGUGUGCUCGACCCGAUUGACACGUCGCAUUUGCCGGGGGACGGGGGCAAUGUCGAGCGUGGGUAUGAGGCCGAGGGGGGAUGGGGGAGGGAUGAGGCUGUCACGCUGCUGAGGCAGUUUUAUGUGCAGGAGAAUAAUCGAGCUCCUGUCCCGAGAAAGAAGGAAGGCAGGGCUGCGAGGUUGGCGGCUAUGAUGGAGAGGGAUGGUCAUGCUGGGGGACCUAUGAUCGACCCCAACUCUACGGCUCCUCCGCCAGGUGACUGCAAUGGUGGGGCUGAGACGCCCGAAGCUGUUGGGACGCCGAUCAUGGAGACUUGUCCUCUGGCUGGGGAUGAGAAUAAGGAGAAUGAGGUUAUCACGGCUUGA